GCGCACUCAAACACUUUGCUUCUGUCUCGGUCAGCUUUUGGGUCGCAUGGCGCGCGGUGCGCAUGCCAUCAGUUGACACAGUCGCACCGCGUCAGGGGUCUCGUUGGCGUGAGGAGCACAGCGUCGAUUAUACCCUAUGAUUCCUCAUAAGGGCCUGACACCGUGUCCCCUGCCUUUCGGGUACUAAACAGGGUUGGUCACCUUGUAAGAAGAGCGCGGUCGAGCACCAAGUCGCCUCACCUAGAUCUGUCAGUCAGCUCUAGACGGGCGCAGGGGGGACUCCGGGGCUAGUUGUUGCGGCUAACAGAAAACAACACGAACAACAAGAACAACAACAAGAACAACAACAAGAACAUAAAUCAACAUGUUCAACCUACCAGAUGGCACAACUUGCCUCCUCCUCGGCGUGGCUCUUCACCUUCUAGCUUUGAGGAAGGGAGAAUGGGAUCUUGCCGUCUUCAAGAUGUUGGCUGCGGCAGCAGUCGGACCUUUCGCACUUGCGGUAUGGCAAACCGCCCUUCACGGCGUGACUUUCUCAUCGGCGCUCCAUAGAUCAUACUAUCUUGGCGGAACCUUGAUUUCGGGCAUAUACCUCAGUAUGACCGUCUAUCGACUCUGGUUUCACCGGCUGAGGCGUUUUCCUGGGCCGUUCCUGGCCCGAAUCUCAAGUUUCUACAUCACGGGAGUGGUGUUCAAGGGACAUCAAGAGUACUUAGAGCUCGACAGACUGCAUAAAAAAUACGGUGAGGUGGUCAGGAUAGGCCCGUCUGCCCUGUCCAUCGCCGACCCGCAAGCCCUCCACGCGGUCCACCUCAACCCCAGGUGCCUCAAGGGUCCGUGGUAUCAAGUCCUCGCGCCGGAUACCUCUGUUCAGACUGACAGGGACGCCGCAAGCCACGGGGCAAGGCGGAAAGUCUGGGACCGAGGUUUUAGCAGCAAGGCGCUGCGAAAUUAUGAACCGCGGGUCGCUCACUACAGUGAUAAACUUCUCGCCUGUGUUGACUCCCACGUGGCGGAUGGCAAAGCACGGCCGCUAAACGCCUCGUUGUGGUUCAAUUUCUACUCUUUCGACGUAAUGGGCGACCUUUCCUUGGGCGAGAGCUUCGGAAUGUUGGACCGCGGGGAGAGCCACUUUGCUAUGCGGACACUUCAUGGCUUCAUGUUCAUGAUUGGGGUCUUCUCUCACGUCAUGUGGGCGUUCCGGGUCAUUUCUAACCUUCCCAUUGUAGGGGCUGAGAACGUGAGGUUCAAGGCGUGGGUCGCGGAGCAGGUCAAGAAGAGAAUUGAGAACCCACCGGAAAUCCCUGAUGUGUUUAGCUGGAUCAUCGAAGAGUACGAUUCCAAUCCCAAUCGAACAGAGCAGGAGAGGCUCAAUCUCACCGCGGAUGGUCUUACCAUCUCUAUCGCAGGAAGUGACACAACGGCAGCCGCACUCUCUUGUCUCUUCGUGGAGCUGGCCACGCACCCCGAGGUCAUGGAGAAAUUACAGACAGAGCUCGAUGCGUUCCUCCAGGAAAACUCGGAACCCGACGCAUAUGCCCUUUCGAAGCUCAAGUAUCUGCAAGCCUGUAUUGAUGAGGGAUUGCGCGUGAUGCCGGUCGUCCCAUCAGGCCCUCAGCGUGUGACACCGCCCGAGGGCUUGCGGAUCAGCGAUAACCUGUUCAUCCCGGGAGAUACAAUCGUCCAGGUUCCGACCUAUACUUUGCACAGAGAUGAGCGCAAUUUCGUGUGUCCGAACGACUUCAUCCCCGAGAGAUGGACUUCGAAGCCCGAACUGAUCAAGAACGCAUCUGUUUACUCACCUUUUUCGAUUGGCCCGUACAACUGUGUUGGAAAGCAGCUUGCCUUGAUGGAGAUCCGCAAAGUGACUUGCAGUAUACUGUGUCGUUACAACGUGGGUUUGGCUCCCGGUCAGACGAAGGAGGCAUUUGUGGGAGGUUUGGUCGAUGGCUUCACCACUGCUUGCCCGAAACUUGAUCUGGUAUUCACGCUGAGAGAGUGAGACGGCACAAUGGCGAGGUGCGCAACUCAUCGCAGCUGGGCAAUGCAGGAGCUUCUGGUCAAUACAGCAAUCGUUUAUGGGUGAUUGAUUAGCCCACAACGUUAUUCUUGAGACAGAAUCACCAGACACCGAAAGAGAAUCACCUUGCAUUCCACCUGCCGAGCCAGUAAUGCCGUGCAAAAGAAACUACAAUUUAACUCAUCCGGAUCGUCGAGACUUUCUACAUAAAACAAUUAAUUAGCGAUUUCAAGGACACCAGCGGCUCGGGUGUCUACAGGUCCAUAACGC